CCGGUGUACCGCGACUGCGUGCUCCGGUGCGAAGAGCGGAACUGCUCGGGGGGCGCGCUAAAGCACUUCCGCUCCCGCCAGCCAAUCUACAUGAGCCUAGCUGGUUGGACCUGUCGGGACGACUGCAAGUAUGAGUGCAUGUGGGUCACCGUUGGCCUCUACCUCCAAGAAGGUCACAGAGUGCCUCAGUUCCAUGGAAAGUGGCCCUUCUCCCGGUUCCUGUUCUUCCAAGAGCCGGCUUCUGCCGUGGCCUCUUUCCUCAACGGCCUGGCCAGUCUCAUGAUGCUCUGGCGCUACCGCACCUCCGUGCCGGCCUCCUCCCCCAUGUACCACACCUGCGUGGCCUUCGCCUGGGUGUCGCUCAACGCUUGGUUCUGGUCCACAGUCUUCCACACCAGGGACACUGACCUCACAGAGAGAAUGGACUACUUCUGUGCCUCCACCGUCAUCCUGCACUCAGUCUAUCUGUGCUGUGUCAGGACCGUGGGGCUGCAGCGCCCAGCCAGGGCCAGUGCCUUCCGGGCCCUCCUGCUGCUCCUGCUGACCGCACACAUCUCCUACCUGAGCCUCGUCCGCUUCGACUAUGGCUACAACCUGGCGGCCAACGUGGCUAUCGGCCUGGUGAACGUGCUGUGGUGGUUGGCCUGGUGCCUGCGGAACCGGCGACAGCUGCCUCACGUGCGCAAGUGCAUGGCGGUGGUCUUGCUGCUGCAGGGGCUGUCCCUGCUCGAGCUGCUCGACUUCCCACCCCUCUUCUGGGUCCUGGAUGCCCAUGCCAUCUGGCACAUCAGCACCAUCCCUGUCCACGUCCUCUUUUUCAGCUUUCUGGAAGAUGACAGCCUGUACCUGCUGCAGGAAUCAGAGGCCAAGUUCAAGCUGGACUGAAGACCCUGGGAAGGGUCUGCCCUGUUGGCCAUCCUGCCCAGCGCCCCCUGCUGGUCCCUCUCCCCUCAAUCCUUGAGACGUUCUGUUUUCUUCCUUCAGCUUCUCGAAUUUGGACAUGAGGGGUGCGGGCUUAGAAUAUGUAAGGAGCCCACCCGUCUGACCCUUACUGGUCUUGGAGCCUGGUCUGGGGUGGACUCCCAGCAUGGGGAGCUAGAGGACCGGGAGCCCCUCUAGCCCCUGGAACAGAACUGAGGUAGAACCAGGUGUGCUCUGGGCUCUGCCUCUUUCCUCCCCAUCGGCCUCCACCCCACAUCCUCCAUGCCUGGCUGGGUCCCAGAGAGUCAGGUACCACCGGCCUUGAAUCUGGCGGGUCCCCUCCAUUACCCUCUGCCUUCCUUCAGGGCACCACUAGGUGGCGCUGGAUGCUUGCUCUUUGGCUUCCCAAGGCCAGUCUCAUCCUCCCCAAGGGGGAUCUUAUGGGACCAAACUGUUGGGCUAGGGACUGGUGAGGGGGUUCACCCCUACGGCUGCCUCACACUCCGCCACCACACUCCCCCUUAGGGCCUGGACUCCAGAGAGCCCAGAACAAGAACCCUGUGCUGCUGUGUUUGUUGGGAUUAAUGUGCAGAGGAAUGUGGGCCAGAAGGAGCCAGGCAGGGAGUCCUGGGCAGCAUUUAGGGGUGGGUGCGUGUGGCUUUUGUUGUCGUUAAGUGUAUUUCUCCAAGGAGAGAGGGAGGAAGACAGCCCGGUCAGCGUCCUUACACUGCAAUGCAUGAGCCUUCAGCCAGCCCCGAAUCCCGGACAUGCACCUGCCUGGUGUAUCCCGGGAAGUCUUGGGAUUUGAACUGGGAACCUUCACAUGUGGGGUCGCUUCACAGAGUACCACAUCACAUUUGACCAAUGUGCCACUCUCUGGCCCUGCAUGUGGUUAAAGUGUGUGUUCGGGGGCAGGUGGGGUAGCGUGAGCUGGGGGACUACAGAGGCUAAGUGUGUGUGCUUGUGGGGUUGUGACAGAUGCGUGUGAAUGCAGGCGAACAUGCCGCAUGGCGGGCGGGGGAGGUUGGAGCAGGAAGAUGGGAAUCGAGUAGCCCCUCUAUUGAGCGCCGGUUCUGCCCACGGCCCCAGGCAGGCGGCCAGCCAGGUUACCCCCGCUCUGAUCUGGCAGAGGGGUCUGGAGAGUGGGCCACGUGUGUACAUAUAUGUUCCUGGUCACCCUCCCCUUCCAAACUGCACAGGGCCCCCACACAACUUAAAAGCACCCUCUGGCACCAGUCUCCGGGUCUCCUUGCCUAGGCAUGGUUGCCUCCCCUCCCCCAGUGCCCUUUGCCAGCCUGGACUUCACGGAGCGCUUGAGACCAUCCGAGGAAGGCAGAGCGCUUGUGUUUGGUCUGAUUUCUGCCCCACCCACCAGCGGCUUACUUCCAAGGUGGCCUCAGCAGGCAGGGGCCACAUCAUGCCUGCUCCUGAUAAAGGUGACCCCUGCCAGUUGUCGCCGGGCCCAGCACAUUCGUGCCCCGCAGUACAGAAUGUGGAGCUCCAGAAACUUUCCAUCCUAAGGCAGGCUCCGUGAUCAGAGCUGAGAGCCGAGUCCUGCCCUGUCCCUGCCCCCAUGUCCCUCCUGAGGAGCAGAGCCAGGUCAGGGCUUCACACUCAGGGACUGGGGUGGCCUGUUGGUUCCUUCUGAACUGAGAACUAUUUCAAGGGACGAAUUUAAUAAACCAGUUCUCGACCCA